CAUGGCGAUGCAGCAAAUAAACAGGUUAAGUUACAAAUUUGCAUGAUUGCAAUAGAAAUAUUAAAUGAAAGCAGUGAUAGCUCAUCUGAAGAAGACGAAUUAUUAGAAUUAACUAAUUCAACAAUUUAUCGACCACGUGUAAGAAAUUAUAUUGAUGUAGUACAUCAGUAUUCAGAUAUGGAAUUUAAAGCUCAUUUUCGGAUGUCGCGUGAAGUAUUUAAUUAUUUAUUAAAUAUAAUUAGCCCUAGACUGAAAAGAAAAUCGAAGAGAUACGGCCGACAAACGAUUUCUCCUGAAUUACAAUUAUUGAUAUCAAUAUGGACUAUGGCAACGCCAGAUUCAUACAGAUCUGUUUGUGAUCGAUUUGACGUUGGCCGGGCAACUGCUUGGCGUAGUGUUAAAAAAGUCUGUUCAGCACUUAAUGCUUUGGCAUCUCAAUUUAUUAAGUGGCCAAAUAGGGAGGAAGCUGAACACACAUGGACAAAUAUUAAAACUAAACACAAAUUUCCAAAAAUAAUUGGGGCCAUCGACGGCACUCAUAUAAGAAUUACUAAACCCAAAGAGCACGAUGAGAGUUACAUUAAUCGGAAAGGUUACUAUUCGAUACAACUGCAAAUUAUAUGUGAUUCUACUUUGAAAUUUAUACACUGUUAUGCAGGACAACCCGGAUCUGUACAUGAUAUGCGUGUAUUCAGAUUGAGUGGUUUUCAAGAAAUGUGCACAGAAAAUUAUUUCCCUGAGGAUAGCUAUAUACUAGGAGAUGCUGCAUAUGCUAUCCAAAAACAUGUCAUGGUACCUUAUAAAAAUAAUGGUCAUUUGACAGAACAACAAAUCAAUUUCAAUAGUUGCUUAUCUGUAGUUCGCGUCAUGGUAGAGAGAAGUAUUGCUUUAUUAAAAGGACGAUUCCGUAGUUUGUUAGAUAAAUUACACAUGAAACGGACAGAUUUGAUCGCAAAAUAUAUUAUUGCCUGUUGCGUACUUCAUAAUAUUUGUAUUUUACAUAGAGACUUAAUGGAUGACUUGAUAGUUGUACUAGAAGAAAAUCAGAAUCAAAUUAAUAGAGAUGAACUGAAUGUACAAAAUAAUGAAGAUAGACAAGAAGGAAUUGAAAAAAGAAUUGCGAUAACAUAUGCAUUAAAAAAUGGACAAAUUUAA